UAUAAACAACUUGAAAGGGCUAGAAAAACUACUCACCUUGUUCUCAUUUCUCAACUUUCUUCAACAUCAUUAUUGUUGGCCACAAAAGUGAGAGAGAGAGAAAAAACACAAAGAGCAAGGGAAAUGGAAGAGACAAAGUCUAGGUUUAAAAGGAUUUGUGUGUUUUGCGGGAGCAGUUCUGGGAAGAAAGCUAGUUACCAAGAAGCUGCUGUGGAGUUGGGCAAAGAACUGGUGGAGAGAAGGAUUGAUUUGGUCUAUGGAGGUGGAAGCGUGGGGUUAAUGGGUCUUAUUUCUCAGGCAGUUCAUGAUGGUGGGCGCCAUGUUCUAGGUGUCAUUCCAAGGACCUUGAUGCCUAGAGAGGUAAAAUUAUUUAGACCCUUGAAAUGGAUAAUGCGUAGCCGUCAAUUUAUCUGGCCUAUUAAUAAUGAUACAAAGUUUAAUGCCUCACAGAUUACCGGCGUGACCGUCGGAGAAGUGAGAGCUGUAUCGGAUAUGCAUCAAAGGAAAGCCGAAAUGGCACGACAGGCCGAUGCCUUCAUCGCACUCCCCGGUGGCUAUGGCACCCUUGAGGAACUGUUGGAAGUUAUAACUUGGGCUCAACUUGGAAUCCAUCAUAAACCUGUGGGGCUGUUGAAUGUAGAUGGAUUUUAUAAUUCAUUGCUGUGUUUCAUCGACAAGGCGGUCGAUGAAGGUUUUAUUUCACCUCUUGCACGACGAAUUAUCGUGUCUGCCCCAACUGCGAAACAAUUAGUUAGACAAUUAGAGGAAUAUGUUCCUCAGCAAGAUAAAAUAACAUCAAAGUUAGUAUGGGAAGAGGUAGAUAGAUUUAGUUACGUGUCGGACUCCGAAAUUGCCAUCUAAUGUAUUGUUUCGGUUCGAUUAAUAUUAUCUUAAAUUUUGAAGAGUUUUACCUACUAAGUAUGUAUGUAUAUAGAGAGGUAUAUACGGUUGUUGUACCGUAUAAUCAUGUAAGGAGAUCGUACAUGGAGUUUCUCUUUUGGGUGAAAUUUUGGAACAUGGGCAAGACUCGGCGGUGUCACACAAAGAAAAAAAUUGUUAUAUAUAAUAUAAUACAUGUUGGUAGAGAAUAGAUGCAAUGCUCCUUUCCCUUUACCCCUUUGUUAAACUGUGAAGAAAUCAUAAUCCAAAAACUUCUUAUUAUUUUGUUUCUAGCAA